AUGAAGGCGCUGGCGGCUGUCCUGCUGGCCCUGCUGUGGUGUGGGCAGCAAGGGAGAGGGCGGGCACAGGAGGACGAGGAUGACGACCCAGACGCUGGGCGCGAAGGCUACGACGAUGAGGAGGACGAGGAGGAAGAGGAGGCCAGCACGCCUGCAGGCAGCAGGGGCUCAGGGCCACAGUGCUACGCGUGCCAGUCCCUGCACAAGGGGGAGAGCUGCCGGCAGGUGCAGAGCUGCGUGCUCCCCAAGACGUGCAAAGCCAUUGUCUCCUCCUGGAACGCUGAGUCAGGUCCCCAGACCACCUACUCGGGGUGGUGUGCAGACACGUGUCAUCCCACCAGCAGGACUGUGGAAGGAUCCCUGACGACCAUAUCCUGCUGCCAGUCCAGCCUGUGCAACACCCCACCCUGGCAGGACCCCCAGGGGAGAGGGGCAGGCGGCCCCCGGGGGAGCCUUGCAACUGUGGCUGCCACCCUCCUGCUCAGCCUCCUGGCCGGCCUUCAGGCGAUGGCGCUUUGA